GGCACCUGUAUCACAUUUUAACAGGAAGCGACAGAAGCAUGUUCACCAGAAUUAAAACAUGAUGGGUAAGGCCCAGUAAUGAGCUCGCUUUUGUUUCCACAGGCUGAGUUGAAGUUCCCUCUCAUUUGCUGGGUGCCAAGAAAGAUGAACAAGCAGGGCAAUAGAAAAACAACAAAAGAAGAAUCCCGUGAUUUGAAAUUCCAGAACUUUCCUCUGCCAGAAAUUAGGUCAUGGCCUCGAAUCCAUAGUGUCACAGGCCAGUACCAGACUAUUAAUGAGCCUCUUCUUGAUGGCGGAAGGAAAUUAGCAGCAGUCCUCGAUGGAGCAGAAGGCCACACAGACGAGGACUAUGAAGACCUUGAGUUUCACAUGGUAGAAGCACAGCAAUCAGUGAAAAUUUUACCAGCCAGGCCUAUAAAGGAAUCUGAAUAUGCAGAUACACGUUAUUUCAAGGGUGUGAUGGACACACCCCUUUCCUUAGAUGCCAAGACCUCUAUCCCCACAGACAGGCAAACCCGGAUGAGGCUGGAAGAAGUGGAACAACCCAUUUCCAGGGAUAUCAGAAGCCAACAUGUUAAAGGAGACAAACCCACAAAGGGAAACAAGACUCCUUUACCACCUCCUCGGCCGCCCAUCACUCUUCCAAAGAAGUACCAGCCCCUGCCCCCUGAGCCGGCGAGCAGCAAGCCACUCUUCCCUCAGAGGUACACCUUUGCCGAAGUCCAGAGAGAGUCCAGACAGAUAAGCUUAAAGAACUUAAGUGAGGUUCUUGGAACAGAGAAAGUUCCUCAUCAUCAGAUGAAGCCUGAAUUAUCUCACCUGUCACAAAACCAAAGUCCUCAAGAGAUUUCUCUUGCCAUUACCAGCUCUUCAUUUGUGACUCACAACCAGAGAGUACAAAACAGAGAUCAUAAAGAAAGCAUGCAGUCCUAUCCUCCUCAGAGAUGUCCGUCUCCAGCCAGCUAUGGCCCUCUGGAAAAUUCGCUACAUUGUAAAUACACGAGCAGGAAGAAACCUCUCCCCACAAGGUCUAACGAAGAGGAUAUCCGGCACAACGAAUGGUACAUUGGAGAAUACAGUCGCCAGGCAGUGGAAGAGGCAUUGAUGAAGAAGAACAAGGAUGGCACCUUCUUGGUCCGAGACUGUUCCACAAAAUCCAGGGCGGAGCCCUAUGUGUUGGUGGUGUUUUAUGGGAACAAAGUCUACAAUGUGAAAAUCCGCUUCCUGGAGAGGAAUCAGCAGUUUGCCCUGGGAACAGGGCUCAGAGGAGACAAGAAGUUUGACUCAGUGGAAGACAUCAUCGAACACUACAAGUAUUUUCCUAUUAUACUCAUUGACGGGAAGGAUAAAACUGGGAUCCACAGGGAACAGUGUUACCUGACUCAGCCCCUCCCUCUCAACAGACACUUCUCAUUUAUGUAGCCUGGUCUUUGUUUCAUCUUCAGUUCAGUGGAUCCAAUGCCUCUAUCAUUUUUUUCCUUUAUUUCAAAAGAUUGUUUUCUGUGGUUUCAAGGGAUUACUUCUCUGAUUCUGUAGAAAAGAAAAACAUUCUAUCAUGGAAAUUGGAAAAUCAAUUGUGGUUUUGAAAGCUCUAAUUGCAGAAGAAAUAUUUAUAAGAUGAAAAAAUAAAAACUGGCUUUUAAAAAAUAUCUUCUAAAGAAAAAAACAAAAACACGGUCCUUAUGCUCAUGUUACAGAUGAGCAGCAAAGGUUACAGGAAGCUAUUGCUUCAAUGUUUGCAGCUGGCAACUGACAAGUCUAGGUAAGAGUCCCAAAUCUGUGAUCUUUAUAACACUCGGUGCUGCCUUUCUUUAUUUCAAAAUUGUUUGGACUUGUGCAUUUACAAUGUUUUCAUGAUUCCUUAUGCUAAAGAUGUUGGUGAAUGUUAGCUCUAUUUUAUUUGUAAUUCUGGAAAUUCAAUUUUAGGGAAGGGUGUGGUAUGGAAAAACAAAUCACUUGUGAACACCACUUGAAAGAUAGAAAUCAGAAAUAUUUUUAGUAUGGUGUGAAAUGGCCAUAGGACCAUCUCCAGCCUACUCUGUUUAGAGUAGCUUUAAGCCCAGUGGAAUUAGCAAAUUCACAGAAAGGGAGGAAGCUUAAGUCUGAGUGAAAGUAUAAAUUUUUAAUUCCAUUUGUGGACUUCCAUUCAAAGGAAAAGAACUGUCCUCGAAUUAGUGCUAGUAUCUUGCAGGAACUUGACACAUGUCAUGAUGUUGUCCCCACUCAAAGCUAAGAGGAUUACAUUUUCUUCCUGUUUCACAACACAGAUGAGGAAACAGGCUCAAAGACAUCAUUGAUCUUACUCAAUAUAAGAAGAGAUCCCAGAUUUUUAUCCAUGUGCCUAGUUUCAUCCAAGCAUAUCUUCCCCGGUACAUUCUCUGCCCUAGGGAAUUUUAUAAUCAAGUUGAAAAGUUAAAUUUAAAAGAGACAGAGAGAAACAAUUUGAAAAUGCCGAUUUACCCACGUUAAAAUAUAUAAAUAAACAAACUCUUGUAGUGGUGUAAAGUUUAAAAACAAAAAAGUGCUGAUUGAAAUUAAUAGUACACAAUGAUUUCAAAUGUUUCCAAAGCCUACAUGUGAAAUAUAUGGAGUAUUUAUGUAAUUGUAGCUUUAAUGCAGAAGUAAAGCCAGAAAGAAUGAGAAGGCAAGAGAU